AAUGCUCUCAACUGUUGUCCAGAAUUGAUGACAGCAUUUAUCAAGAAAGAAUUUAAAAAAAUGAGACGAUGUCAUGAGACUAUUCUGAAGAUAAAAUGAACUAACUGAGAAGGAAAUGAAAGCCAACUAAGCGAAUCGGAGAUUCAAAACUCUGCUGGACUAGAACUGAUGCGAAUCUCUGCAAAUUCACCCAGAUACUGCAGGACAGCGUCACUGCCGUUUCAUUCUGAACCCAUUUCUACUUUGUUGGUACUAAAACGAUGUUAAACAUACUGGACAGUCAUAUUUUGCAUAAAAUAAUACAACAUGACCAUGUUCUCGUGAAGCUACGGGUUGCAAUGCACAGAUUUAUAUAAAGGGCAUUAUUUUCAGUUAUUUCAAGCUACAUGCUAACGUUUCGUGGCCUUUCUGCAACGUACACAUUGACUGUAAUACUAUUGGCAUUACAAGUGAUACACUUCCCCGUUAUAUUUCGUGGCAUUUCGCUUUCCUCUGGCCCUUGGGAACCAGGGAAACUCACGUUAAGAAUUUAUGUUAAUCGCCUUUUGGAUAUUAAUCAAUGUCCACGUUUUUCACACUCAAGGUACAUUUCAACAUAUGGAAACUACUGGAAAGCGAGUGCUUGCAGCGAUGGGGCUCUGGUCCGAUCAGAUUUUCCCAGGGAGGAAUGGUGCUGGGACUCUGGCUGGGGACGCGGUUCCACCUGCUGCCACCUGUUAAAGGCGCAGUCCGGGGCUAUAAAACCAGGCACUGACAGGCUGUUCGCCGCACUCCCAUUGCACCAGCCAUCCCUGAAUCAAACCCCGCUACUUCCCUCAACGAUCAGCGGCUGGGGUUCGCUUCCAGCGGGGGCGCCGGUCAAGAUCAACAGCUUUGCUUGCUGUGCGAUCUCCCCCGCUCUGCUCUGCUCUCCCGCAGCAGACAACGGGAGGGCCAGUCUCGAACCGGGAUCAAACCUGGAAAAAAAGUAUUCUCCUCCACAGUCCGUUACAUUAAAACAAUCACAACUGUUACAAGCGGAUGUGUUAUUGUGAGAAUCGUCUACAGCCGCCCCACCCCGUCCCCGCAGUUGGAGGCCGGACCCCAGGUCCAGGUAGCGACACCCCGGGGCAGGUGAACAGGUGAGAGGCAGGUGCGAAGCUCAGGCUCCGGAGCGGAUGCCGGCCGGUUCCCCCAGCCAGGGCGAGGCAGCCGGGGCAAGACUCCAAGCAUCUUCGGACGGACACGGCUCCGGGAGCAGCAGAGAUGAAAUCUAACGGGUCGGCCUGCGCUCCGCCACCUGCAGCGGAGCUGGACGCUGGCGAGAGUUGCGAGGCGGGUCUGGGCGGUGCUGACAGGGCGGAGAGCUGCGUCCGCCAGAGGAUGGCCGCUAACGCCCGCGAAAGGAGACGCAUGCAGGGACUCAACACCGCCUUCGACCAGCUCCGCAAAGUGGUGCCACAGUGGGGUCAGGACAAGAAACUUUCCAAAUACGAGACACUGCAGAUGGCCCUGAGCUACAUCAUGGCCCUGACCCGAAUAUUGACCGAGGCCGAGCGCCACGGCGGCGACAGGAGCUGGAUUCACAUCCAGUACGAGCACGUACAGGGGAGCGAGGACAUGCAGACUUACGCGGAACAGCAGGCUUUGGAGAAGAAGAACUGUUAUACGGACAGCAUCUUCCCCUUCAACCACGACACUUACCCGAUAGUCAAUUAAAUUGCCAGUGGCAGAGGAAGGCUCGUACAAACCUUGAACAGAAUCUGGCGAUGCUUCAGUUUAAAUACACCAGUCCUGCUGGCGAUUGUAUGAAGUUAGACAAGUUUUGUAGUAGUAAGAUUUGAUUCGCUGUGAUAUAUGUAAAUAGUAUACAAAAUACGUUGCUGAACUUAUCACGCUACAACGUUUCCAAUACACUGGUUUCAUAUGUACAUACAUUUUACUGAAGCAGUUCCCUGUAAAAUUAGGAACACAAUUCGACGUUUGCAUGCAAAUAAUGACUUUUAGAGUAGAAAUUGUUAAAGGUUUUAUAAAAGGCUUUAUAUGUUUUUUUAAAAAGUUCUGAUUGCU